UGGACCAUCACAAGCCCCAAAGGGAAUAUUGCAAGGGCAUGAAGCGCUCGGACCAGCGCUGAAGAAGAUUUAAGGAAGCACAAGGUUUGACUAGGUAGGCAAUGUUUGUCUCAAGCCUGUCUCAAAGGUUUGGAUGACUGUCGCGGCUGCCUUGUCAUAUCUGGCACGACGAUCAGUCGCGCGGCGCGCAGCGAAGUAGGCGCAGUGAUGAGGCAGACGUGUCGCCUGUGCCAGUGGUCGGAGAAGACGUGACGAACACGCCGCAGUCCUGCCAUGGACUGAGGCGUGCGGAUAUAGCCGAGCGCGUCUUGCGGCGAUGAUACAGUGUUAGAGUGUUUCAAUACCUUGUUUCAUCAUGCACGAGAAGUCGGAGCGGGAGCCCAGGGGCACUAGGCUUGGCGGCUGUACGAUGCACGACGGCGCAACAUGGAUGGAUAUUCGCCGUUCGCUGUCCGUGCGCGUGCUGUGCAGGAAGACAUCCUUGAUAACUGAAGCAGAUGAUGGAGUUAGAUCAGCGUGAGGUCGAAGUAGUCG